GCAUCCGUCUAGGCAUAAUUCAAAACGGCUAUGGAAGGAAAACUUGACCUUAAACUAAAUGUUGUCGAUGAAAAUGGGUGUGAAUUAACCGAUAAAAAGCCAUAUCUCUAUCAGACAACAGACACAGUCAGAUGGAAAGAAGUUGCACAAUGGGUGAAGGACAAGCUGUCAAUCACUUGCUCACUCGCAUUUAGUUAUUUUGACGAUGAGGGUGAUCUCAUAUUUCAGCAAAAUACCCCAUUGCAGAAGUUGAUGUUUUGAGUGAUGAGGUGCCUGUCCAAGUGCACUUAGAGGCAUUCAACCCCUGUGUCCCUCUGGACUCCAAGAACAGUGGAAUACCAGUGGUUGUCUUGAACUACACUGUGACAAAUUCAUCAAAAGACGCUGCAAAGGUUUCAUUACUGGGAUCACUCCAAAACAUUGCUGGCUGGAAUGGACAGACUCCAAUUACUUCAGAAGUUGCCUGUGAUGGAUAUGGUGGAAAUAUUAACAGUCUUUUGCAGACCAGCUGUCUGUUUGGUAUUGACAUGAGUAACCCAUCCUUGGAAGAGAGGUUUACUUGUCUUCUGGACAGAUAUGUAAACUGGAGCCAGGGGUAUUUUGGUAUCAACGAUCCUAAUACACAGUUUUACAUUGGCAAUCAGUAUUGCAAGUUCUGGAAGAACAUUAACGAGGUUUUGUACUACACAACUGCUAACUUGGAGUCCUUAACAUUGUUGACCAGGGUCUUUAGGAAUGCAAUGUUUGAUUCCACAUUGCCGUGGCAAAUGGUUGAUAGUGCAGCUGGACGGCUGUCUGUUGUAAGAUCCCCCACGUGUAUGUGGUUGGCUGAUGGCAAUCUUUAUGGAUUUGAAGGAUGUAGUAAGGUUGGAGGUUGUUGCCCGCUCAAUUGCACACACGUAUUCAACUACGAAAUGGCCAUUGCAAAGUGUUUCCCUGAUUUGGAGAGAACCAUGCGAGUGGUUGACCUGAAAGAGCAGAUAGCUCCCAAUGCCAUCAUACCGUGCCGCACUACUGUGCCUCUUGAGCUUCGACGCUGGUGGAGCUUUUGGCCAAACUACACUGACGUUGACCCCGCCUCUACUACGAUAUGCGUUGAUGGCGAAAUUGGAACCGUGUUGAAAACCUACAGGGAGGUUCUUCAGGGGGCUCCUCAAAAGUGGUUCGAUGGUUUAUGGCCAGCGGUUAAGAAAAUCAUGGCACGAUGGAUGGGGGAACUAGAUUCGGGAGAUGGUUUGAUUCGUGCCCCCCAGCCCAAUACUUAUGACACCUGUUUCUAUGGUGUGAAUACUUUCACGUGCUGUCUUUAUCAUUGUGCAUUACGAGCUGCGGAGGAGAUGGCUAAACUUCAAAAAGAAUCGGAACUUGCUGAUGAGUACUCCGCCAGGUUCAAACUGGGAAGUGCCAACCUCGAUAAGGCCUGUUACACAAACGGAAAAUGGUACACACAGGUGCUGGAUCCAAAGAAUCCGAAAGCGGAAAUUGCUGACGGAACGUUCAUUGAUUGUCUGCUUGGCCAGUGGUGGGCAAAUGUUUUGCAGCUCGGUGAUAUUUUACCAAAGGAGCAUGUCAUGUCUACUUUGGAGUACAUUUACUCUAGCAAUCACGUGGAUUCGUUUAAUCCAGCGGACCAGAAUCCCCGGAAGUUCUUCGAUCAGCGAGACGCCGGACUCUACAUUUGUCGAUGGCCUGGAUCGCCUCCAGAAAAUCCCUUCCGGUACAGUAGUGAGGGAGCCUGGACUAGUUUGGAGUACGAAUUUGCCCAGUUAUGUUUGAAUCAGUUAAUGGUCAGCACAGCACUCGAUGUUUUGACCGACACCCGUGAAAAGUAUGACGGCACUCGGCGCAGUCCUUGGAACGAGAUUGAGUGUGGCGACCAUUAUAUUCGCCCGAUGGCAGCUUUUACCUUUUUUGAGUUCGCCUCAGGUCAGACUUGGAAGUUGUCCGAGGUUGGGAAUCCUUUGAUCAGCCUUGGGUUUGCACCGCGAAUCAAUCCGUCAGACUUCUGUGGCUUUUUUAUCACUGCCACUGCUUGGGGUCAGUUUAAACAGGAGGGAGAUAAAGAAAUGAGAGAUGGAACUGCUGAGCUUUGUGUUCAUCAUGGAGAACUAAGCCUAUCACAGUUCACUCUCAAGUCACGUGCCUCCUCUGCCUUAGCGCGCAUGGCAGGAGGAAGUGACGAGUUGCUGGUCACAACAGUGGCUCAGGACGCUGAACAGCUUUCAAUUACCUUCGAUUCUUGUGGAAUUUUGCUCAAAGCUGGCGAGAGCCUGCAUGUAACACUUUCAGGUAUGCUUUUUUUGUAUCUACUUCGCCAUUUAGACGGUGUUUGGGUCGUUCAUAUUAAUCAAUCAGCAAAGACUUCAACCCAGGAGGUUCUUCAGGGGGCUACUCAAGAGUGGUUCAAUGGUUUAUGGCCAGCGGUAAAGAAAAUCAUGGCACGAUGGAUGGAGGAACUAGAUUCGGGAGAUGGUUUGAUUCGUACUCCUCAGCCUAACACUUAUGACAUCUGUUUCUAUGGUGUGAAUACUUUCACGUGCUGUCUUUAUCAUUGUGCAUUACGAGCUGCGGAGGAGAUGGCGAUACUUCAAAAAGAAUCGGACCUUGCUGAUGAGUACUCCGCCAGGUUCAAACUGGGAAGUGUCAACCUCGAUAAGGCCUGUUACACAAACGGAAAAUGGUACACACAGGUGCUAGAUCCAGAGAAUCCGAAAGAGGAAAUUGCCGACGGAACGUUCAUUGAUUGUCUGCUUGGCCAGUGGUGGGCAAACGUUUUGCAGCUCGGUGAUAUUUUACCAAAGGAGCAUGUCAUGUCUACUUUGGAGAACAUUUACUCCAGAAAUCACGUGGAUUCGUUUAAUCCAGCGGACCAGAAUCCCCGGAAGUUCUUUGACCAGCGAGACGCCGGACUCUACAUUUGCCGGUGGCCUGAGUCGCCUCCAGAAGACCCCUUCCGGCACAGUAGUGAGGGAGCCUGGACUGGUUUGGAGUACGAAUAUGCUCAAUUGUGUUUGAAUCAGUCAAUGGUCAGCACAGCACUCAGUGUUUUGACCGACACCCGUGAAAAGUAUGACGGCACUCGACGCAGUCCUUGGAACGAGAUUGAGUGUGGCGACCAUUAUGUUCGCCCAAUGGCAGCUUUUACCUUUUUUGAGUUCGCCUCAGGUCAGACUUGGAAGUUGUCCGAGGUUGGGGACCCUUUGAUCAGCCUUGGGUUUGCACCGCGAAUUAAUCCAUCAGACUUCUGUGGCUUUUUUAUCACUGCCACUGCUUGGGGUCAGUUUAAACAGAAGGGAGAUGAAGAAAUGAGAGAUGGAACUGCUGAGCUUUGUGUUCAUCAUGGAGAACUACGCCUAUCACAGCUCACUCUCAAGUCACGUGCCUCCUCGGCCUUAGCGCGCAUGGCAGGAGGUAUUAACGAGUUGCUGGUCACAACAGUGGCUCAGGUAAAACAUCUUUCUUUUGCGAAAAUGAACUCUAAAGACCGUAAAACGCUAUUGGGCGGUUGA